GUCAGGAGCCAGGCAAGGAGAGCCCGAACAAGAGGAGCAUUUUCCUGGGUUCUUCCAGCUGUUCUGUUCAAUCCCGCCGUCAGUUUUGAGCAGGGAAGAGAGACUGUCAACACAAAUAAGGCAUUUUUCAAAGGCGUAAAUUAUGAGUUCCCAAAACAAUGCGACAUCUCAACCACAUGGAGAUGUCGAGAGCCCCACAGCUGGAGCAGAUGUGGCUGUUAUUGGAGGUGUGAUUGCUGCAGUGGUAUUUGUCCUCAUUUGCCUGCUGGUGGUGAUGGUUCGGUACAUGUACAGGCAUAAGGGCACCUACCACACCAAUGAGGCAAAAGGAACUGAGUUUGCCGAAAGCGCAGAUGCCGCUUUGAAAAAUGACCCAGCUCUCCAGGAAGCAGUGGAUGAGAGCAAAAAGGAAUAUUUCAUCUGAGAGGCAAGGAUUUCCAUGGAGGCUUCCCCAAGGGAAUCAAUGAGAAAUGUUACAUCAACAGAAGUGCUAAGAGAUGGAUAAUAGGAUACAGGCAAGCAUCCUAAUUGAAAAAUAUCUCUUUGCUUUUUUUGUCACUGGGUUGUUUCUUUUCCUAUACCAGUGAAAAACUCUAAAUGCCAGAUACUUGCCUGUUGAUUUUAUUAGCAACACAGCUGGUCACAGCUGAAAUCAAUAUCAGAUAAGAAGAAACAAAAUCUCAGUAUGAGUGAUAUACCAAACCCAGAUAAAGAUAGCAAAUGUCAAGCCUUGACAUUUGGUGAAAAUAGCAGAUGCCAAAGGAAAACAUCCUCUUAGAGUUAAUGAUGCAUCCUAUGUUGAUAUGAUACAGAACUACCUGAAAUUGAAUUUCAAAUGGUAACAAAACAAACAUUAAACUAGAUAAAGCUGAUGUAGCUGGAACAAAAAAUAAAUCUGUAGCCCAGAUCUCUCCCCCCACCCCCUUAAAUGUGCAGUUUUAUUUGCCCAGGGGAGUUUGUUUUGUUUGUUUAUUUGUUUUGGGAUUUACACUGGGAAUUUUUUUAAAUUUUUGAAUUUUAUAUAUACAAAAAUCAAAGACAUUUCACAGAAAUAAAACUGUUGGAAAACAUGGAAAGGUAAAAAUGAAGGAUUUAUUUCUGGCUUUCUCUGCACAGCAGCUUGAGAGCUGCAAAGUGUUGGAAUUUACAAGGUAGUAUAUAAUAGUCAGUAGACUUACAAAUAUGAUUCCAAUUAGUUGGCAGGUUUUCUGCACACGUGCACAGAUAUUAAAAGGUAAAGCCUCCUGGUUUGAGCAGGCCUUUUGAAACAAUGGAGCUCAGCUACAUUUUUUUAUGUAAGAUAUUUUGCCUGAGUAUUUAUUUAUUUAUUUUGCAUUUGAAAAUUCUCUUCAAUGCCCACCAAUAGGAUUUUGGAUUUUUGUAGGGAGAGGAAUUCAGUUCUAGUGCAGAUACCAAUAAGUGUUUAAGAAAUGCAACCAUAUGACUACCAGUAUAAAGAAACUUUUUCGUCUGCACCCCACUGAUUUCUCCCUCUCUAUGGCUUUUGUAUAUCCUUUGCAUUGUGCUAAGCAAGAGAAUUACACUGACCAUUGAUGCUUUAUUAUAAAUAAAUAAAUAUACCAGUCAUGGUGGUCACAUGAAAAGAUCUUAUUCCUUACCUAAGAAUCGACGGUGAUGAGUUUCUCUAUCCCAGUAAGUUGGCUUCCUAAGUGAAGCCCACAAUUAACUCCAUAAAUAGGAAAAUUGUUCUCUGCACCUGCUCAUCCACAGCUGUGAUGGUGCCCUGGACUACUGCAAAUAGAGGAGAAGAAAUACAAGAUAACAAAUAAGAUGACGAUGAGCUCUGCUCAAUUUGAUAUAUUUUUUUCCUGUGUUUGGAUCUAUAUAUGUGUGUACACAUAUAUGAAGUCAUCUACAUCUGUGCUUUCAAGACAUUGUUGCAGAUUACUUGUGCUCAUUUCUUGGCACCAAAGCUUGGAAAGCUCCUGGACUCCAGUGUUCAUUAUUGACAUUGGUCAUAAAAAUGCUGUAAGACAGAUCUGAACAAGAAAAGACUCUGAGGACCCAAGUGAAGAAAAACGAGACAUUUUUGUCUUUCAAUCACAAUCUCAAUCUUUACUCAGUACCUAGAGAGGAUGGACUCUGAAUUAUUCUUAGAAUUAAUCUUAGCUGUAAGACUGAAUUUUUAAAACUGAAGAUCCCUGACCCUCCAGUUCAAUAAAAAUGUGAAUAUUUCCUCUGAGAAGAGGAUAAUUGGGAUGGCUUGAGCUCUGUUGCAUCUCCCACACAAGGUAUGGGAACAUCAAAGAACCUUCCUCCAGCACUAGCAGGACCUACAGAGGACUACCAGCCUUUUGUCCCCUUUUGUCCCCCCACGUAAUGUUACUACAGCUGCUAAAGAACUUUGACUUUAAAGGAGGGUGUGAGGGACAUAGGAAAUAAAUUCCUGCUUGUUUCCCUAGUCAUGAAAUUCUGGCUUUUGCCACUUGAGCCAGCUGAUUUUUAUUAAACAGCUGUGUCAUACUUGAUACACAGGAGAACCUGACUUAGUGCCUCUUUUGGUGUGGGUGUGAGUUUUUUAAUUAUGAGGUAGACUUAGACAAACUGCCAUAUUGAAAUUAUAGAGAUCAGGUUUUGUAGUGGUACAACAUGAGGUCAGUGGACCUCAGCCAAUUCUUACCAAAUCAGUCAACACCCGACUUUGUGUUAUUUCUUCCCCUAAAUCUGAACUGAAUGUGACUUCUGGUCUUUGACUAUAUCUGUUCUUGAUUAACACUCUUUAUCCCACUUUCCCUUUUUAUCUGGGCGUGACAAACAGUCCAAGCAUACAGGAACAGCUUCCCUAUCUGUAAUGAGCCACUUUGAAUAGUUCUACAGCAGUAACUCUGGCAAGAGCUAUGGUUUCAGUGAGUUUAUUUUUUUACAAGGUCCUUCUGGGCCCCAGGGCUUUGCAUAUUUAGAAAUUACUCAAGCAUACUGAACAGAGACAAGAGAUGAUUUGUGGAGAUUUUCUGUUUAUUUGUUUUCUUCAGGAAAAAUUUUGCUUUGUAAUGAAGAAAGCUCAUAAUAUCUGAUGACUGGCAGACUCUAAUGGCCUCAUCCUGCUGCUUUUUACUCAUAUAAUAACUCUACUGUCUUGAGUCACUCCAUUGAGUUGUAAAAAGAGUGUAUUAAAAACUUCCUAUAACUUUUAAGACUAAUUAGCCAAACAUCCUUCUGCAAGCAGCAUGCUGUGCUAAAACAAACAUUUUGUACAAUGCUGAGACAUCUCAGUUGGCAGCCAUCGCUUUUCAUCAUUGAUGAUUAAGUGAUUUUUACAAUUUGUUUCCUGAAUAGAAAAAUUAAUGAAACAGAUUCUUCUUCCGCCACAUACUUUUAUCCCAGGUCCCUCCACUGCUGUGGCCUGUUGUCCUGCAGUUCUCUGGUGCCCCAUCUCCUCACCUGUGACUGCUAUUCUUGCUUGCAGUCCCCCAGGCUCCCAUCUGGAUGCUUACUGCCUUCCCUAUGGCAAAGAUUAGCCAUUUACUUAUGUAUUUAUUUAUCCAUUUUUAUCAAUUAAGAUGCUCUAUCCCUCUCUGCUAACCAAGGACCAAUUUUCAAAAGAUUUUAUCUUCAGAUUGCCAAUGCUGUGUAAAAUUUUGAGCAAGCCUGACUAACCUGACCUGAGACUGAUUUACAGGGUGAUCACAUAUGUUACAGUUUUACAGAAAAUGGGUCAAAAAACAGCACUGCAAGCUCUAUAGUUGUUAAAUUUAGUGCUAUAAAUCUCCAGUGUUUAUUAAACAAGGGAGUAGUACGAUGAUCCCUCAAGUCACUUGAAUUUGUCCUGGUGCCUUUCUGCCCUAUGAAAGCUUGUUGAAUCUCACUUUGCAUAGGAAGUGAGAGGUCCACAUUUAGAAAUAUAAGUCAUUUAUCAAUGACGUACAGGAAAGCAGUGUACCAAAAUGACCAAUAUUUGCUGAAGUUGGAACAGAGAAGAUAAAUAUGAUCCUGUAGGAACACAGGACUUUUUUGAAGAUAUAUGGAAAUGACAAGAGUUAAACACAAUAUUUCCGAUUGCAUUGGUGAGCUUUAAGAAUAGGUCCACGGAGCUUUCAAAUUCCCUCACUGAAAAAAAGUAAUUGCUUGCAAAGGGAAAUUAAUUUCUUUUUAAUCCAUUUCUUCUUAUCAAGCUUUGAAACCAAUUUUCACAGAUUCAAUAUUCUGACAUUCUACCCUAACAUCUGGAACUCUAUUUCUCCUAAUUUUUUGAGCAUAACUGACAGUUCUCCCCUGUACAAAAAUGACUGGUUGCCCAUCUCAGUCCCUAAAGCAGCAUUACAACUCAGCAGAGUAAUUCUGUCUAAAAGAACUCAGUUCCAAAUGUGUGUCUGACCACACGUUAGCGGACACAGCAUGCAUUUUUUUUCUGGGUCUUGGCCUCUAUCAUUCCAGGUUUUCCUGAGGUCCAAUGAGCCAUUGCCCACUAAUACAGUCCUGAGGAGAAUUUAAUCAUCCACUAGUCAAAAUAAUUUUAUAUAUAUAUAUAUAUACAAUUUUUUUUCUUUUUAGUACCAAAUGGUCUUUUUAGGACCAAAUCACUUUGGGAUAUUAUUAAAUAUAGGACCAUAGGAUUUCUCAGAACACUAACAUCAAUUUUUCUGUUAAAUCAAAUCUAGGGAUCAUUGGGGAACAUCAGGACAGGGAAAUAAAAAGGACUGUGUUCUUUCAGCAAGGAAUGCAGACAAGGUGCUGAAACAUUUAUAGCUCCAGGAUAAGCAGGACAGCACCAUUAGCUAAAGCCUGCAAGAAUCCCUCACAGAAUAGAGGAAAUACUGAAACAAGAUGUAAAUCAGUAAAAAGAUACAGAGCAGGAGAAUGUAAUCAGAUGUCAAUAUAGAUGGAGAGCAGUUUUUCAUCAAACAAAAUAGAUAUUCAUGUUUAGAGAAAUCAAAGUGUAUUUGCUGAAGGUAACUGGUGACAACAAAUUUCUUUGAAUUAUAUGAGACGUUUGGAUUCCUUGCAUGUGCAAGUCUAAUCAAAAAAUGCUGGUAAAUACACACCAAAAGAAUACUCACAUUAAACGCAUUAAGAGCUGUUUAUUUCAUUUUCUAAAACCUCUCAGUUCUUUGCACAAAAUGAAAUGUAUGUUUAGAAAACGCAGAAGCCUCACAGCAGCAGUUCAUUCAGGACAGAAAACUAAAGAAUCCCUGAACAAGCAAUGAGCGCACAUCUGCAGUCUGGAAAUUCAGGCAGUUAAUAAAGGAACAUAAAGCUAUCGAAGAACAACAUAGAUGGUGAGCAAAAAUUCCAACCACAUUACAAAGAAAUUAAGUAUUUUUAGCACUAGAGAUCUUUCUCUAGUUCAAGACAGUAGUAUUGUCAGUGACUGAAAAUAAGGAAUCCUUAUUCUACAUGCCUGUUGCCUAUGUGGUUGGGGCAAAGUCUCAUUGAACUCAGUGGAACACAAAUUUCACUGACUAUAUUUAUCUUUCCUGCAAAAAAAAACAUAUUCCCACCCAUGUCAGAAAGAAACACAGUAAAAUAGAGUACAAUCUUUAUAAGUGCUGAUCUUUCAGCAUAACUUCUUGUCUUCACACAUUUUUCUGUUGUUUCAAACUGUAUGUAUGGAAAGUAUCUGACAUGUUGUACUGAAGUAUAUUUGAAUUGCAGCAUUGCUAUGACAAGAAUAGAGAAAAAGAGCUUUCAAAGCUUACUGCUGACUUUAUGUUAAAGCUGACUAUAAUGUUUGUAUUUACCAAAGCUAUUAAUAGACUGAUGGUGUAAAUCUACUAUAUUUUGAAUGGAGUCGGUAGGGGGGAAGGAAAAAAAGGUAAAAUAUGAAGAAACUAAUGAACUUUAUAAUUAAAAUUGUAAUUUUCAGCAUUUAAAAGACUCUUAUUUUUCUUGUCUUGAAAAUACCAUGAACUUUUAGAAUUGGCAAUUACGUUGUUUUCAUAGGAAUGUAGAUCAAAAAGGAAUAGUGGGUGAGAAUGUUUCUUAAUAAAGCACACAAACCCUAAAAGAUAUACUGCUGGGGUUUGCAUUAAAAAAGUAAGAGAAGUUUUUGAUAGAUCUAAGAAGCAGUGAUUCUUUAAAUGAGAAAUCAAACAAUAAUUACCUCUGAAGUAACAUUAACCUGUGGAUGCCAGUGUGAACCUGUGCAUUACUCUAUUAUCUAUUCUUAAAAAUUCUGGGCAGAUUAUAAAUACCUAAUGUCUAUUUACUGUUGAAUGACCUGCCUUCCACACAACUGGUACCAACUGUGAAUAACUCUGCUUUGUUCUUCAUGCUUUCCAUACAAUUUCUCUUUUCUCUUUAUAUAUCCCCAGUUAAAGAGUACUUAGAGUGUAUGCCUAGUAUAAGAGGUAUUGUAGUAGAAUCAUACAAUCAUUUAGGGAUCAUGAAGUCUAACCAUUAACAAUCUUGCCACUGCCACCCCGUUCUUUCAAAAGUCACUGCUGUCACUGGGAAAAGGUCUUCAGGUGGUAUGUUAUCAGGUCAAAAUGAUGCCUCAAACUGGUGAAAACCUGAAGGACAGUGGAUCAUCUAAGUUUUAGUAUCUGCAGAGAAGCUGCAGUAAGAAGAGCUAUUCCAAUGGGCCUUUCAUGUGCCAUAGGAUUUUGAUGUGUAGGACUAUUUAGAGGCCAGCACCAGCCAAAUGGUUCAUCAGCAAUGUUUGUGCAGAGAUGGUAAGCUGAGAGGUAAGACUGCUGAAGACUCUACACUGAUCCUCCACCAGCACAUCACGGAAAUUUGACCUUGACUUAAUACCACAUAAGACAACAGGAUUAUUGGAGCAUCAGCAGCCCAAAUCUGUGAUGCAUUUUACUGUUACCAGUGGCACUGCAUGGCAAGCAACUCCACAGAGAUUGGCCAUAGGCUAUUCGCCAAGAAAUAAUUAAAGUAUGUUCAGAGCAAAUUCAUGCUUUAUUGAUGGCCAGUAGUUGACAGCUUACAGCAGAAACAAAGAGCUAAGUAAAGGAAAAAUUGCCAGACAAGGGGAAGUACAUGUAAUUAAGAGUUUUCAGCAUUAAAUGCAUCAUCUUACAUGUACGUAUGAUUCACUUCAUAUCUCUUCUAUGGUUGGUGCUGAAACUAAAACAUAUUUUACAGCAUAUUUUGACUACACUGAGAAAAGGUCCAGACCUUGCAGUGAAAAAACUAGUUCUCAACAAUGAUCUUGAUUAGCAUUUCUAUCUCAACUUAAAAAAACCCCAAAGUAUAACACCUAAACCUUUUGCAACCACUAUCUAUCUAUCUAUCUA